AUGGAUGGCGUGGCAAGUUAUUUGAAGAUGGAUAUCAGGCGUGAUUUUACUAAAGAUUUCCGAUCGGCAACGAUAAAAUGGGACAGCGACCUGAUUUUGCAAUUUCCGGCACGGGAAGUCGACCAGCUGAAACAAGACGAGGAAUAUAUUCGACUGAAAGAAUAUAUCUCUACAUUUAACACUCUUAUCGACGGCGGCCUUUUCAAAAAAGAGGAACACGAGCAACAUAUAGCCGCUCGCAAAAAGGCGUACGAAAAUCGUCGAAGGCAUUUCAGCGCUGGAAGAUCUUAUUGCUUUUCGCACAGGGGACUGGCAGGUCGCAUACCAAUCUCAGCUAAGGCCUAA